GCCCACACGCCGAAGUCCUUGACCUUAUACGUGUUUCGAUGUCGACCGGUGUGGACAUGGCUCUCGACGACGUCAUCAAGCAGUCCAGCCGCGGGAGCGGCGGAGUCGUUCGCGGCGGAAGGCCGCCUCGGCGCUCGAGCGCACGCUCGAGCGCGCCGUACCAGCGGAGCAAGGCGCCGCUGGGAGAGGCGGUCGGGACGAUGAGCGGCGCGUCUGUCUCGGAGCUCGCCGCGUCCGACAACCCGAAGCUCAAGGUGUCGGGGGAGUCGAAGCCCAACUCGGUGGCGGGCGCGAUCUGCAACAUCGUGCGCGAGGGCCAAAAGCUUCCCAGCCUGCUUGCCACGGGCCCCGCGGCUCUCAACCAGGCGUGCAAGGCCAUGGCCAUCGCGCGCAAGUACCUGCAUGAGGAGCCUGACGACAAGGGUGGCCCGGUCGAGAUAGUCAUCAAGCCGACCUUCGAGGGAGUGAGCAGCUGACACCACGCCACCUCCCUCGCCCUCCCGCCACCUCCCUCGCCGCCUCCUCCCGCCUCCUCCCUCGCCGCCUCCUCCCGCCACCUCCCUCGCCCUCCUCCUCCCGCCACCUCCCUCGCCCUCCCGCCUCCUCCCUCGCCCUCCUCCUCCCUCGCCGCCUCCUCCCGCCACCUCCCUCGCCGCCGCCUCCUCCCGCCACCUCCCUCGCCCUCCUCCUCCCUCGCCGCCUCCUCCCGCCACCUCCCUCGCCCGCCACCUCCCGCCACCUCCCGCCACCUCCCUCGCCUCCCGCCACCUCCCUCGCCGCCUCCUCCCGCCACCUCCCUCGCCCUCCUCCUCCCUCGCCCUCCCGCCACCUCCCUCGCCGCCUCCAACCGCCACCUCCCUCGCCGCCUCCUCCCGCCACCUCCCUCGCCCUCCUCCUCCUCCUCCUCCCU